CAUUGUCGAUGGUGUCGACUCCGCAGAGGGAGUUCUUGGGCACGCGCUCCGUGAAAUCAUUUCGAAUUAUUGUCGAAAUACUGCUGAGCGGGCGAAAGACUCGACACGGCACACGCAUCUCCAUUUCAGCCGACUAAAACAGAAUACGUUUGAUUUUCGUGUCCAGACAAACUCGUCAGUGUGCACGCCGACGUUAGCUUGCUAGCGGCGAACAAAGCGACGAGUUUGCCCGCGCCGCGUCGCUCCGAGUGUUCCGUGUGUUGGAAAUGUGCGCCAGGAGGACAGCAAAGUACAAGGGGGAACCUUGCGGAACGGAAGAGGACAUCGCGCAACAACGUCACAUUUGCAAGUUGGAACCUCAACUUUUCUUACUCGGAGCAGAUGUCAGUGAAGAGUAUUUGCAUCCUGAGCAGCGGGAGCCGCAGUCCACCCACAUUAAACAGGAGGAAAAGUCAAUGGCGACGCACAUUAAGGAAGAGGAGGAUGAGAAUGCAAAGAGCAAGCCUCCGUUGAAUGGUGUCAGUGUGAAGAGUGAAGGAGCCGAUGGAGGAUUCCAACCGGACGGCCUCUUAGCUCCCCUUUCAGAAGGUGACGACGUCACGUCACACUCUUGUGACAGUGACGACCAUGAUGAUGAUGAUGAUGAUGAUGAUGGGCCCUCGAAAGGUCAUAUGACUGGCAACAGACGAGUGAAAUGUUCUCAGUGUGACAAAUUGUUUCUCAACAAGUCGUCCUUGAAAGUACACUGGAGAACACACACUGGAGAAAAACCUUUUGCCUGCUCGCUGUGUGAUCGAAGAUACUCCUGGAAGGGACAUUUAACAAGGCACACAAGAACACACACUGGGGAAAAACCUUUUUCCUGCUCAGUUUGUGCUAAAACAUUUUCUGCUAAGACAAGUUUAACAACGCACACGAGAACACACACGGGUGAGAAACCUUUUGCCUGCUCAGUUUGUGGGAAAACAUUUUCUUUGAAAACAACUUUAACGAUACACACCAGAACACACACUGGCGAGAAACCUUUUGUGUGCUCAGUUUGUGGUAAACCGUUUUCGAUCAAAGGUGAAUUAAAAAAUCACACAAGAACACACACUGGGGAAAAACCUUUUGCCUGCUCAGUUUGUGGUAAACGCUUUGGUGUGAAAGGUCAAUUGAAAAAACAUACAAGAACACACACUGGGGAGAAACGUUUUGUUUGCUCCAUUUGUGGCAAAGCAUUUUACAGAAAUUCAGACUUAAGAAGGCACACCAUCACACACACUGGGGAAAAACCUUUUGCAUGCUUAGUUUGUGGCCAAACGUUUUCUCUGAAGACAAGUCUCAUGACGCACACGAGGACACACACUGGGGAAAAACCCUUUGGCUGCUCAAUUUGCGGGACAAGAUUCACUCAAAACUCCUCUUUAACAACUCACACAAGAACACACACUGGCGAGAAACCCUUUGCCUGUUCCGUUUGUGGUAAAACAUUUCCUAGCAAAAAGGAUUUGACAAGGCAUGCAAUAACGCACACUGGAGAAAAACCUUUCGCUUGUUCAUUAUGCGGGAAAGGGUUCUCCGCAAGAAGUGCCCUCAAGAAACACACAAGAACGCACACUGGGGAAAAAAGCUUUGCCUGCUCACUUUGCGGUGCAAGAUUCCGACAUAUGUCAAAUUUAAAAGCGCACAGAAGAACGCACUCUGGAGAAAAACCUUUUGCCUGUUCUGUUUGCGCUAAAACCUUUGCUCGAAAGGACUAUUUGACAAAGCACACAAGAACCCACACUCCAGGAGAGAACCUUUUGCCUACUUUGUGAAACAAGAUUCAAUCAAGCUAAGCGUUUGAUAAAACACAAGAAAAAAACAUAUUUGUGUUCUGACUUUGUAGUAAGAAGACUGACUGAUCAUUGUCCCUCUUCGGUUUUGCCCAGGAACUUUUCCAAUUCUGUCCGAUGAAAUAUUGCCUGAAUGGAUUGGAACUGCUCACUCAGCAUACCUCUUUAAACAGUGUAACAUUUUGGUACCUUAAGGGGGUUGACAUUGCUAGUUUGUUUUUAAAAAGUGUUGUUUUUUUUUUUCAAAGACCUAACUUGUCAAAAGAAAACAUUGUGCGGUGCUUUGAUGACUGUUCUAUUUUUCAAUUACACAUUUAUUUUCCAAAAAGUGGUGUCAACUUGAUACGCUGCAGCUUCACACUACCGCCUUUUAGUUGCCUUUGCUUUCCUAUACAAGUCUGCAGUAUUGUUUUUUCCACUGAAAGGUAAUUUAAUAAAUAUCAAUCAAUCAGCAGAUGAUGGCAUUGGACAAGUUCCUUUGAUUAACCCGCGGUUUUGUACAUCUCCAAAAAAUUGUCCACAGCAGUUGCAAA